GUGUGGAAAUCGUAGAAAUGGUAGUAAUGAUUUGAGUUGUAAUUGUGGGUGUUUUGGUAGCGAAGCGGCUAGAAAAGAAAAAGAAAUCGAAACAGAAAGAAGUGCUUUAACUUGAGAGUCUAGGUCUUGCUCUACUCACCGUCAACUUAUGGCGGGACGUGGAGGUCGUGGAGCAAUAUUAGAGGCCCUCCUUGCUCACCAGCGGACACCUGGUGUACAAAAUGACAGUCAAGGAGAUGAGAGUCCGCCCGAAUCUUCAGCCAUGAUAGUGGCUGAACCUCCUUCCGCAGUAUCCAGCGGGCGUGGACGCGGCAGGGCAAACAUACUAGCAAGCCUUCGCAGUCAGAACAAGGUGCCACUGCCAGUUCCUCCUCUGCAGGAAGCAGGGAAAGAGGAGGAGUUUCCCAGACAUCUCGGUCGAGGUCGUGCACUCCUGAAUUUUGUGGGGAGUGGAUCAGUACCUGCCGUGAAACCUCCCUCUCCUGUGCCCUCAACUAAGGCUCCACCUAAAUCUGUGGAACGAGCGGCUGUAAAGAUGGCCAAGAUGAGCCUUCAGGAGAAGCCUCCAGUUCACAAGACAGGGAGCAGUGGCAAGCAAAUCCCAGUCACUGUCAAUUAUAUAAGACUUAGAGUAGAACCAGGGAAAGGGGUGUACGAGUAUGAAGUCCGCUUUGAACCAGAAUUGGAUUCUAGGGGGAUUCAGAAUAAACUCCUCAACGAGCAUCGUAAGGAACUUGGCGAAACAAAGACAUUCGAUGGAGUGACUUUAUAUCUGCCAGUCCAACUGCAGCAAGAGGUAACAAGAUAUGUGUCAUCCCACCCAGUGGAUGCAUCACCUGUCACCAUCAGCAUCAUUUUCAAGAGAAAAAGGCAAAUGAGAGAAUGCAUUCACCUGUACAAUGUGUUAUUCAGAAAGAUAAUGAUUGUGCUGGACAUGGCUCGUAUUGGCAGACAGCACUUCAACCCUAGAAAUGCACAUCCAAUCCCACAGCACAAGUUGGAAGUGUGGCCUGGCUAUGUGACCGCAGUGGACGAGUACGAGGAUGGCAUCCAGCUGUGCUGCGACUGUUCACAUCGUGUGCUGCGGACCCAGACCGUUCAUGAGCUUAUGGAGGAGAUCUUGUGCCAGAACCCCAACAACUACCAACAUGUGGUGCACAAAACUAUUAUUGGAGCCUCGGUCUUGACACGAUACAAUAAUAGAACAUAUCGAAUUGAUGAUAUUGACUGGAAUAAAUCACCCAAUUCCACAUUCGCCACACACACGGGUGAAACGAUCUCGUUCAAGAGUUAUUACAAGAAGCAUUAUGACAUUGAUAUCCAUGACUUGGAGCAGCCACUUCUACUGAACCGAAUGAAGAGCAAGAUUCGAGGGCAGGGUGAGGUGGAGCAAAUGGUGUGUUUGGUCCCAGAACUCUGCUAUCUUACAGGGUUGACAGAUGAGAUGAAGAACGACUUCCGUGUCAUGAAGAACAUUGCCAUGUAUACGAGAAUCACUCCCAACCAGCGCCAAGCUGCACUUAAAAAGUUUAUCAGUAAUAUUGAAGAAAAUAAAAAGGCUCAAGACUUGUUGGCUGGCUGGGGUCUCAAGAUGGAUUCAAGCACAUUGGAUCUCAUGGCUCGGGUUCUCGAUCCUGAGGUGGUCAUCUUCGGUAAUAACACAGUCCAGAAGGUCACGUUACAUGCAGAUUGGGGAGGAGCCAUGUCUCAUAACAAAGUUCUGACUGCAGUGGAUCUGAGGACUUGGAUGAUUAUCCAUGCACCUCGUGACGCUCGUUUUGCUAACGAGUUUGCAGGCAUGAUGCAGAAAGUUGGGCCACAGAUGGGGAUCAGUGUUUCUGAUGCCCGCAUUGCACGUUUGCAUGAUGAUCGUACUGACUCCUAUCUCCGUAUGUUGCGGGAGAACAUAAAUCCAGUCCUCCAGGUGGUGGUGAUUAUCUUCCCUACUUGCAGAGACGACAGGUACGCUGCAGUAAAGAAGCUGUGCUGCGCCGAAAUGCCAAUUGCUUCACAGGUGAUCAACUCUCGGACUCUGUCCAAACCUGACAGACUGCGGUCUGUGGUUCAGAAGAUAGCCUUGCAGAUGAAUUGUAAGCUUGGAGGGACCCUGUGGGCAGUCAAGAUUCCUAUGAACAACUGCAUGGUGUGCGGUAUUGAUGCCUACCAUGACUCUUCCAAGAGAGGGGCCAGUGUUGCUGGCUUUGUGGCGUCACUCAACCAGACCUUGACACGAUGGUUUAGUAAAGUCUGCUUCCAAGGCCCUGGUCAGGAGCUGGUCGAUGGGUUGAAGACCUGCCUUAUCUCCUCCCUGAAGUUUUAUUAUGAUGUGAACCACAAGUUUCCUGACCGAAUUGUGAUUUAUCGGGAUGGCGUGGGCGAUGGGCAGCUGCAAGUGUCAGCAGACUAUGAGGUGCCUCAGUUUGUGGAUUGUUUCCAACACAUUGCCCCUGACUACCACCCAAAGCUUACCGUGGUGAUAUGUCAGAAGCGAAUCAAUACUCGAAUCUUCUCAGCCCUUAAUGCAGAAGUAAGUCAAAAAGGUUAUGAGAAUGCACCUCCUGGCACCAUAGUGGACCACACUGUCACCAGAAGGAACUGGUAUGACUUCUUCUUGGUGAGCCAGCGUGUUCAGCAGGGCACUGUGACCCCAACACACUAUGUGGUCAUAUAUGACAGCUGCAACAUGAAGACAGACCAUGUGCAGUGGCUCACUUACAAGCUGUGUCAUCUAUACUACAACUGGCCUGGUACCAUCAGGGUGCCUGCCCCUUGUCAGUAUGCACACAAGUUGGCACAGUUGGUGGGACAGAGCAUACACAGUGCACCAAGUGAGAGGCUGUCAGACCGUCUGUAUUUCCUGUAACUUGCCAUUGGAACGUGGCUGCUCACAAGUGGUUUCUCCAUUUAGUCAUAUUUGGUGAGCCAUCUCAUAGAUGCAGAGUGAGUCAGUGGCUGGCAGGUUCUGUUUUAUUGCUUCUUUCUAGAAACUGUUUCCCACAUGCACAGACAUUUGAUUGUGUACUUAAUGAAUUAUCUGAAUUCCAGCCACAUUCACCCCUUCUUUGGUGACUGAACAUUAUAUACUGACAUGGUCUUCAAAAUGUAUGUUGGUAGGUUUUCCCUCAAUACUUCGGUUUCCCCGGCCAAUUUUCAUUCCACCAGAUUCUCCAUCAUAAUCACCCUGGGCAGGUACAAUAGGC